AUUGCACCUGCAAAUUUCAAUAUGGUCUCCUCCAUCUCCAACCCCUCGCGUUCCUCGAACCACGACAAGGAACAGGCUCCUAAUCCAGACAGCUUUGAGCCACGUGAAAGCUCUCCUGACAUCACUCACGUGAUGGACAAGUUCCCAAAGGUUGAGGAUAAAGCUUGGUUAGCGCAGCGUCUAGGAAACGCCAUUACCAAACGACGCAUGAUUAUCCGGUAUAGACAGGCCAAGAACGCUCAACCUGCAACAGCUGAGGAUUGUGUCCCUGAUGAUAUGGCCGACCAAGUUUCAGUCUCUACGCCCACGACUUCGUUCAUCAGUUCGUCUGACGAAGCUCCGACCCAGGAUAUUCCGGACCUGGACGACUUGACGUUCAACGGGAAGAAGUUGGAAUUUAGAGAACCAGUUGAGUGCCCAUACUGCAGAACAACGCAGGUUCUGGACACCCAAUCCGAAUGGAGGCAAGUGAAGCACGUCUUAGCUGACCUUCAGCCGUAUGUUUGUACCUUCAAGAACUGCACUUCUGGUCUCUUCACCACUCAAAAGGAGUGGCUCACUCACGAGAUGACUGCACACUUGCAGCAAUGGAUCUGCACGCAUUGCAACGACGCGGAGAAACCAAAGUUCGAAACUGUGUCCAAAAUAACAGAGCAUCUCAGGGUCGCGCACAACGUGGUUGAGGAGGAUCUUACCGAGGCCUUGAAAACGAGCCAAGUGCCUCUCAAGCCUUUUGGAACCUCUUCGUGCCCUCUAUGUAACGAAUGGGAACCACCUGGUGAGGAUUCUCAAAGCGUCAAAGAAUUCUAUCAACACCUGGGAAAGCACCAGCAGGUUCUCGCUCUUGAAGCGCUGCCAAUGUCGCUGGACGGGCUGAUCCGCGAUGACGUCCGCCUACUUCAUUGUUCUCCCUGUGGCCAUGUCUGGACCUCAGACGAGAGAGAAGAACCAUGCCCGGCGUGCCAUGACAGCAAAGGAAAGCGUCUCCCCCGGCAAGUGAAGCUGUCAACACCCUUCCCUCCACUCUGGGAAGUCAAGAUAGCCCCCGACCGUAACAGGGUAUACUUUGUAGACCACAAUGAGGGUAAAACAACGUGGAUCGACCCUCGCAGCACCGAAGCGAGGAUCGUCUCCAAGACACUCAAGAUGGGACCACUUCCCGCAGGCUGGGAGCUCAGGUUGGAGGAGAAAUCAGGCCGCAUCUAUUUCGUGGACCACAAUUCAAGCACGACGACCUGGGAUGACCCGCGCGAAAAUUCGGAUGCUAAGAAGCCGGAGUUUCUGCCGGAAGGCCGGAAGAAGAGGGCGAUUAGCAGUCGCCUGUAG